GUAACUUACAAUUCUCAUAAACCUUCCUUCGAUACCUAUUAACUACCUAUCAAUCCAAACUCUGUUUCCACUCGAUCCGAUUCCUUCCCUUUUCUCCCCGCCAUAUCCGUCUGAACUAAGCCCAUCCUUUUCUCUUGAUUCGAAGAGUCAAUUGAUCGAAUCUUUUUGUGACGGUUAUAUUGCACUGUCUUACCCAUAUUCUGAUUGGAUAAUAUCCGAGGGACGAGACGUCGAAUUGGCCUGCUUUAGGUCCUAAAAUCGUAGCAUAUCAUAUCAUUACAUUACAGCGUCGAGAUUCGUUCAGGUAGCUCAGGUGCCCCAUCGUGCAUGGGCUUGGCUAGAUGUCGUGACCAUUGGCAUAUCAACUCAACAAACCACCUAGCCUCCCUUUUGCCUACCUCCCUGCUACCCUGCUCACCUCCUCACCGACUCCUCUACCAUCCCUCAAGCUCCAAGCUCCUCUCAAGCUCCCCCAAGCUUAGGAGUCUGAUGCUGGGGUGCGGUCACAUAUCUAUUUCUUAGCUUCGAUUUUCGAUUCGAAUACAGCAUCUUUAUCAUUCCUGCCUAUUCAGCAUGGCGACCGAUUCUCUUAAAGCCCUAAUUACUAACAUUCCCGAUUGGCUCAAACGCCUCGAUGAGCUCAAUGGACAAAUCGAUCAGCGCCAGCAGGAUCUGGCUCUGCUCGCCGAGAACCAGCCUAAGUCCUCGGCUCGAUCUAUUAGGAAUAAGGGAUCAACAGAGUCUCUUAAACCGCGUGACGAGGGUACACCCGCCCAAAUAUUAGAUACUGUACGCGUCUCGACACCACCUCCCUUAUCCCCGAACGAGACUCGACCACCUAAUAGCGGCGCCGAGGCACCCUCGAGCCCAGUGAAUUCGCCAAAAUCAAAUACCUCCCUUCAGCGUCAGACCAACGAGGUUAUGGCGACGGCACAACGACGAGCGCGCGCCGUCGUUCGGAAGAAGCCCAAGACCGAAUCCAUGAUGAGCAACGAGAACACGGUUCAGAAAUACAGGUCACGGAAUAUGAUCAUCGUUUAUUACGACAGCUACGUGCAAUCAUUCUUUGAGGAGCUAGUUAAGUUUGUAUCGAUGCAGCGCAAUGCCAUGCGUAAGGCCAAGAUGGCUGCCAAGGUGGCACGCAUCAGACGUUUAGCCGAGAUCGAGAUGCCCGAUGAUGAUGAAGAGGAAGAAGCUAAUGGGGGAGGGAAUGGCGAAUUGAAGCUUAGGGGCAAUCUUAUCGCCGUCGCUGCCGACGUCACAGCUACAGAAGGUCAAGAGGAGACGGCGGAGGACAUCAAGCUUCGCUUCAAGAGUACUCGACAGAUGGGACCGCGAAACCUGGCUGCGGGUAGGGUGAGUGCUCGGGUGGCUCGAUCAGGUCUCAACGGUGGAUUGGGUGCAUUUCAGGACAGGGGUGAUAUCUGGGAAGAGUUGGAUAAAGGGCUCGAGUUCGUGCAGAAUAUGUGUGAACAAGCAGCGCAUCAAUUCCUUCGGGACGGCGACUGCGCCGAGGAGAUUGAGAAGAUCAAAACGCGCCUUGGAACGACGAGGGAGACUGCCGAUAAGGAACUAGCACGUUCUGAAUCGGAAAAUACCCCGGAGGAAGUUAUACCCUGGCCCGUCCAGUCCCGAAGCUAUCGUCCCACGACAAUGCGGAAGAAUAUGGGCUCACCAGGAAUGAAGACGUCCCCCAAGCAAGAGGUUGUCAAACAGAACGUCAUAGAAGUAGAGGACGAAGGGGUACAGGAUAUGGACGACUACCAACCCGACGCCAAACCAACGGGGCAAAUAGACGGACCCACGUUUUAGAAUGACGAGGUCCCUUUGCUUUGUUAUGCGUCAUGCGCACGCGCAUCAAGACAAUCUCCCUACCAUCGCUACCACUACCACUACUACUACUAUUACCACUAUUACCACUAUUACCAUUGCCUACCUCAUACCACCGUCGUUUACGUAUAUACAACCUACAUCUCAACCGUUCAAAAAAAAUUAUUUGCUCGCAUACCGCGUGGCGGCAGAAUUGGCUUACAGAGAAAUAACGACUUUAUUGAUUGCUAUCGCAA